AUGUUCGAAGCUCCGUGGAGUGCUGGGAACCAAAGACUAGUCAAGCAUCGACGGCGCCUCGCUCGGGCCUGUGAUGCUUGCUAUACCCGAAAGAUCCGUUGUAAUCUCACAAAACCGAGAUGCAGAUGGUGUGAUAAGCAUGACCGCCACUGCACUUUUGAGAGGAUCUUUGCCUCCCCGGAGAAAGAUCAACUACACGCUGCAGCAGAUGUCCCGGUUUGCCCGCCGACUGUGACAGAGGAGCUGUCGCAUUCAUUUGCACGUACACUACAGGCUGCUGGCCCACAACUGGGUAACAUCUGCACCUUCAAUGGGAUGCCGGUUCUGGCGGACAGUAGCCGUAAGUGGAUUGAAGCGUGUACAGGUGAGGAGAUUCCUCUGCAUCGAUUCUCCACUGAAGCCAGGGUGACCGAACUGUCAUUGGCCGACACCUCCGAUGAGGGAACCCUAGAGCUGCCCGAGCGAGCUCUGCUGUUGGAGGAGGUCAACUUGUACCUGUCGUCAGCGUACGGGAUGUUCUUCCCAGUGAUUGACAAGGUACUGUUCCAACAGACAGUCGAGGCUGCGUACGAUGGGAUGAGUUCUUCCGUAUCCCCGGGCUUGAAGAGCGCAAAGGUCUGCGUCUUCGCUUUUCAUGCUCUGGCGUUGACCGUCGUCGAGAGACCCGGGAGGUUUUCGCAUCAGCCUAGUACUUGCUUCGCACGCAAGGCCUACCGCCUGCUCCCGGAUCUGCUCAGCGAAGCAGCGACCUUGGAUGGACUGCAAGCGCUUCUCCUUCUGUGUCUUUGCUUCCAGGGGCUCGCAGGAGAUGUCUUCAUCAUUGAUUACCUUCUUUCCUCAGCCUCACGGUUCGUCAUCCACCUCAAAGCGAACCUCUCAGUCCUCAGGGCCUGGCAAGCCCCCUCCGCCGCCAACUAUCACGCUCGCCACCUUUUUUGGAUUACGCAUGUCUGCGACAAGGGCUUUAGCCUAGUAACUGGCCUGGCCCCUCGCCUUGACAUGGCGCAGUGCGAUCUCGACUGUGCAAGCCAAAUUACUGGCAAUGCUUUCUCAACUACCCAUAUACAAGGCGACCCAGUUCCAGGCUCUUACCUAUAUAGCUACACCCAGCUCGCCGCCAUUCAUUCCAAGAUCUACACGACUCUCUACUCCCCCAGCGUCCUGUCACAGCCAGACGCCGCCCUCCUGCAGACAAUCCGUGACCUGGACUGCGCCCUCGAAGAGUGGCGUCUCUCCCUGGCCCCCUCCAUCCGACCCUCGCUGCAAACACAUACCCCCACCAGAACAGGUCCUGACGAGCCCACUCCCAGACCUUUGGAAACAGUCGACAUGCGAGCCUCAGUAUUCCACCUGCAAUACCACUACUGCCUAUGCAUGAUCCACCAAACAAGCAGCCGCGUCACAACAUGGAAACAAAACCACAACACGCACGCCGGGGGAUCCAGUCUUGCUGUCUCCGUCGCGGCCAGCCGCUCCCUGCUGGCCGGGUUCCUUUACUCGCCGCCUGCGUUUGAGCUGGGCCCGCAGAAUCUCUUGUUCUCUCUCCCAUUCUUUCUGCAAGCCAGCACUGUCCUCUUCUGCAACAUCCUCGCGAGCCCGAACUCGAUGCCCGGCGUCACUAGCAGCCUUGAGAAUGACAACGAGGCGGACCUGCGGCUGUUGCGCUGCACAGCGGAGCAUGUCAUAGCGCAGGCCUCGAGCGAAGACCCUGCGUGCUACAGCGCCAAGAUUGCACUUGCGGGUGAGCUGGUCUCGGAGCUGCACAGGCUGGGGCUGCGUGCUGUUGAGCGAAGGGUGAAGGACCAGGAGAGUGUCGUAUGUACGAGUGACGAUGGAUCUGUACCUUAG